AGGCGCGUGCAGGUCGCACCGGAAGUGGUGGCGGGCCCGCGCGGAUGGCGGCGGCGGCGGCGAUGGCGGCGGCGAGCUGCGGUGGGGCUGGGGCGGCCCGCUCCCUCUCCCGCUUCCGCGGUUGCCUGGCGGGCGCGCUGCUCGGGGACUGCGUGGGCGCCAUCUACGAGGCGCACGACACCGUCAGCCUGACGUCAGUGCUGCGUCACGUCCAGAGCCUGGAGCCCGAGUCCGGCGCGACGGGCAGCGCGCGGACAGAAGCUCUGUACUACACAGAUGACACCGCCAUGUCCAGGGCCCUCGUGCAGUCCCUGCUGUCCAAGGAGGCUUUCGACGAGGUGGACAUGGCUCACAGGUUCGCUCAGGAGUACAAGAGAGACCCUGAUCGGGGUUACGGCGCCGGAGUGAUCACCGUCUUCAAGAAGCUCCUGAGCCCCAAGUGCCGAGACGUCUACGAGCCUGCCCGGGCCCAGUUCAACGGGAAAGGCUCCUAUGGCAACGGGGGUGCCAUGCGGGUGGCUGGCAUCUCCCUGGCCUACAGCAGCAUCCAGGACGUGCAGAAGUUCGCCCGGCUCUCGGCCCAGCUGACACACGCCAGCUCUCUGGGCUACAACGGCGCCGUCCUGCAGGCCCUGGCCGUGCACCUGGCUCUGCAGGGGGAGUCGUCCGGUGAGCGCUUUCUCAAGCAACUCCUGGGCCACAUGGAAGAGCUGGAGAGCGACGUCCAGUCCGUCUCGGAUGCCAGGGAGCUGGGCAUGGAGGAGCAUCCGUACUCCAGCCGACUGAAGAAGAUCGGAGAGCUUCUAGAGCAGGACGCAGUGACCAGAGAGGAGGUGGUGUCUGAGCUGGGGAACGGCAUUGCCGCCUUUGAAUCUGUGCCCACCGCCAUCUACUGCUUCCUGCGCUGCAUGGAGCCAGACCCCGAGAUCCCCUCCACCUUCAACAGCCUCCAAAGGACUCUCAUCUAUUCCAUCUCGCUUGGUGGGGACACAGACACCAUUGCCACCAUGGCUGGGGCCAUUGCUGGCGCCUACUAUGGGAUGGAACAGGUGCCAGAGAGCUGGCAGCAAAGCUGUGAGGGCUACGAGGAGACCGACACCCUGGCCCAGAGCCUGCACCGGGUCUUCCAGAAGAGCCUGUGAGGGCCCAGCUGCCGGGCUCCGCCGUGUCCAGUGGGCCAGCGACAGCUCAGGCUGGACACCCUGCGUUUCUUUGGGCUUUGCCCCCGGCCUCAGUCUUCCUUGCUUCCGGGGCUGGGGUCCGGGAGGUCCCCGGAGCAGGGAGUGAGGACUGGGGGCUCCCUCGUGCUGGGUUUCUGGCUCACUGCAGAGCCUGGGCACCACGGCUCCUCAGACACGAGGAAGCCGGGCAGGUUUAUUGGUGGGUACGUGUGGCAUUUUCCUUUUAGCUAGCCCAGUGGUCGGCAAACUCAUUACUCAACAGAGCCAGAUAUCAACAGUACAACGAUUGAAAUUUCUUUUUUGAGAGCCAAAUUUUUUAAACUUAAACUAUAUAGGUGGGUACAUUG